GAGCCGCAAGCCGCAAGCCGCAGCCCACCAACUUGCCCGCAUCCCGUCCGCCGCCGUUCUCCCCCACCACCGUCAAGUCCGACGACGUCAGCCAGGGCAGGGCAGGGCAGUUGUGUCUUUUUCUCCGAACUUCACCCAGCGACGUCUCGCAUCCUUCUUCCAGCCCGUCAGCCUCUUCUGUCAUCUCUAACUGGACAUCCAUCCACCAUGGCUCGCGAUAGAUCACCAAACGUCGAUAUGCAUUCUAUCUAAAUCCGAUACAUCAGCAACCAUUGCCAUUCAGAUCCUUCGCCUUUUCUCUUUUAAACGCCAAAAUCAUGAUCAUCCAUUGGUCCUGAAGUCCCCCCAGAAAGGAGGGGGCGUGGGGUGUGUCGGUUUGGUUUCUAUCUCUGGGUUCAUCUCGCUUUGGCAAUGUCCAUGGGGAUGUCCGUCGGACAAAGCGUCGACCCAGCGCCCACCCCCACAACCACGACCACAAUCGCACACAGUCCGCAUCCCGCAAUCCGCAAUCGACCUACUCAACGUCCAUUCACCCUGUUUACACGCUCUCCAUCCGAGCUCUUCUCUAGGAAUCCGACAGGCCUGCCGCCCGCCGAAUUGCCUGACACGCCGUUCAACUCCAUGUGGGGAAGCCGCAUCGCGAGCUGUGUGAGGCCCAGUCUGCGCACCUAGCCUGGCUCGUAUUGCGCAGUUUCACCAGACCGUUUCUACCAUGGUGCCGUAUGCUGCUGCCCUGCGUGGCCAUGUUUCGUAUCUUUGCUCUGCUUACCUUCUUCAGUACUCUCCUCAUGGCAUCUGGUGCAGGCUCGACGUGGUCCGGUCUCGAUGUCCCUCUGAUGCCAGCCCUGCUCCCAGGUUGACGCCUUUCCAGCACCCUCGAUCACGCCUAACGAGGUAAUCUUGGUGCUUACCCUUAACGGACCAUCCUCUUCUCAAACCCGUUUCACCGCUUUCGAUCGUGUUCUUGCUGUUAACGCUUCCGAGAUCGAAACUCGUUUUCUUUCGACUGCCAUGCGAGCUUGCUCGAAACUCGUCCCGUAAGGUGGCUCACGACUCUGCUAUUGUACAGCCCUACGCUACCUACCUACCUUAUACGGUAGUAUAUCGUGGUUUCUGGACAGGUAGACCAGGCAACACUCCUGGUAUCAUCACGUCAUGUUUGGCCAAGGUGUACUUGACAUGCCCCACCGACAGGGACACUUACUACUGCUUACUUCCAACUCGAGAUAUGUGCCGUCCACGAAGCCCGAGUCACGAGUAAGCGAUACAUGAGCCGGUACAUUCUGUAUCCCUCGCUCCAAGGCGCCGGCCUGGGCGUGUAGAUUCUCGAGAGUGAGAAACAUUGGCAAAAUGUGUGAGCAAAGUUCCGCUCUGCCUUGCUUCUGCUCGAGUUGCCGCGCUGCGGCCCAUUGCGGUCCUUCCUCUGUCUGUCCGGCUGCCCGUUCACUCAGCAUAGAUGAAUUGGAGUAGGGAAGCCCGUGUGGCGGACUUGAUCGCUUGCCCUGAACCAAUGGGUCUCGACCGAUGCGGCAAGACACUGAAAAUCAUCCAUGAACUUCGGUCACCGAGGAUUCUCAGGGCCGGACUGACGCUAGCCACCCGGGCGAGAGAAGGAUGGGCCCUAGUGCGAACGAAGGGAAGGGGGUGCACGGGGGCGUGCGGAUACUUGGGAUGGAUUCUGUCCACCCACCCCUCCCCUUUUACCUCACUCCCUCUCUUACCAGCAUGUGUUGCAUGUUGUGAUUGAUACCAUUAUCCAUCAGCCAUGACAUUGACAGCUGGGUUGAGUAACUCGGGAGGUGGUCUGUUGUUGGAUUGGUGUGCACACCCGUUGCCCGUCCUGUCUCGAGCCCAUCUCAGUCAUAUAAGUUCAAGAGACUCUCCCGGCAUCCAGACAUACUCUUCUUUCCAGACCAUCGGAACCUCAUCACCCUAGGAAAUCUAUGUCGACAACCCUUCAAGAUGGCCGACAUGAUGUCUUAUCUCCUCUUCGGAGAUCAGUCACUUGAUACCCAUGGAUUUCUCGCCGAGUUCUGCCGUUCAGGGAAUCCGAGCACCCUUGCGAAGACGUUCCUCGACCAGGCUGGCCAGGCUUUGAGGGAGGAGAUCGAUGGUUUGGGGAAGUUGGAACGGUCGAAGCUCCCCACGUUCCUGACGCUCCGCCAACUCAACGAGCGUUACCACGCCCAGAGCAUCAAGCACCCUGGCAUCGACAGUGCCCUCUUGUGUAUCACCCAGUUGGCUCACUACAUCGACCGCCACGAAAAGGAGCCGCAAGAUGUUUCUGUUCACGAACACACUUUCUUCAUGGGUCUUUGCACGGGGCUUUUCGCCGCCGCUGCUAUCGCCUCGACCCCUUCAGUCUCUACCUUGAUACCCCUUGCCGUUCAGGUAGUCCUCAUGGCCUUCCGAACCGGCACUCACGUCGGCUCGUUGGCUGAGAGGCUUAGCCCGCCGGUCGGUCAAUCUGAACCCUGGACACACAUCCUUCCCGGCCUGAAGGAAUCCGAAGCCAAAGAGGCACUUACUAAUUUCCAUGAAUCUAAUUAUAUCCCCGUCGCCAGCCAAGCAUACGUUAGCGCUGUGUCGGCAUCAAGUCUGGCGAUCUCAGGACCGCCGGCUACCCUCAAGGCCCUUGAGGACCAGAAUGUCUUCGGCGUCAAGCCGACGGCUAUUCCCGUCUAUGGACCCUACCACGCAUCACACCUUCACGGUACCGCAGAUAUCGAGAAGAUCCUGCGCCUCAACGAUCCCAAAGUCGCCGAGAUUCUGUCUAAGACGAAGCCUCGCUCUGCCAUUAUGUCAGGCACCAAGGGCAUUUGGUUCGCCGAGACCGACACCAAGUCUCUCAUCAAGGCCGUCACACACGAGUGCCUCAUUGAUGUGCUUCAAUUCCAGAAGGGUAUUGAGGGAUGUAUCGAGACUGCUCGCGACUUCGAGGGGUCAACUUGCCUCGUCAUCCCCUUCGGCCCCACACACAACGCCGAGACUCUUUCCAAGUUGAUCAAGGACAAGACACAGUUGGACGUUACCGUCCGCCCUGGACCUAGAAUCCAGAGAGAAAGCUACAACUCUCCCAUUGGCAACCACGGUUCCAGCGGAAAGUGCAAGCUGGCCAUCGUUGGUAUGGCCGGUCGUUUCCCCGACGCCGCCAGUCACGAGAAGCUGUGGGAGCUUCUUUCCAAGGGUCUGGAUGUGCACAGGGUCGUGCCUGCGGAUCGUUUCCCGGUCGCAACCCAUUACGAUAUUACCGGCAAGGCUGUGAACACCAGUCACAGUCAAUACGGUUGCUGGAUCGAGAACCCGGGAUACUUCGAUCCUCGGUUCUUCAACAUGUCUCCCCGUGAGGCUUUCCAGACCGACCCCAUGCAGCGUAUGGCCCUGACCACCGCCUACGAGGCCCUCGAGAUGUGCGGAUAUGUGCCCAACAGGACACCCUCCACAAGAUUGGACCGCAUUGGUACCUUUUACGGCCAGACCUCCGACGAUUGGCGUGAAAUCAACGCCGCUCAGGAGGUCGACACCUACUACAUUACUGGUGGUGUCAGAGCUUUCGGCCCCGGUCGCAUCAACUACCACUUCGGCUUCAGUGGUCCUAGUUUGAACGUUGAUACGGCCUGCUCAUCCAGUGCCGCUGCUCUCAACGUUGCCUGCAACUCUCUGUGGGUGAAGGACUGCGACACCGCCAUCGUCGGUGGUCUGUCUUGCAUGACCAACCCGGAUAUUUUCGCAGGACUGUCGCGUGGCCAGUUCCUGUCCAAGACCGGACCCUGCGCCACUUUCGACAACGGCGCCGAUGGUUACUGCCGUGCUGACGGCUGUGCCUCCGUCAUUGUUAAGCGUCUGGAUGAUGCCGUCGCCGACAAGGAUAACAUCUUGGCUGUCAUUUUGGGCACUGCGACCAACCACUCUGCCGAUGCCAUCUCCAUCACCCACCCCCACGGACCUACCCAGUCCAUCUUGUCGAGACACAUUCUCGACGAGGCUGGUGUUGACCCUCUUGACGUUGACUACGUCGAGAUGCACGGUACUGGCACCCAGGCCGGUGACGGCACUGAGAUGCUUUCAGUCACCAACGUCUUCGCUCCUGCUGACCGCAAGAGAGCUGCUGACCGCCCUCUGUACCUGGGUGCUGUCAAGUCCAACAUUGGACACGGAGAAGCUGCUUCUGGUGUUACUGCCCUUACCAAGGUGCUGAUGAUGAUGAAGAAGAACGCGAUUCCUCCCCACGUCGGUAUCAAGAAGGAGAUCAACAAGGGCUUCCCCAAGGAUCUUUCAGAGCGCAACGUCAACAUUGCAUUCCACCUCACUCCCUUCAAGAGGAGAGAUGGAAAGCCCAGACGCAUCUUCGUCAACAACUUCAGUGCUGCUGGUGGUAACACUGGUCUUCUUUUGGAGGACGCACCCCUUGUGGCCCCUGCUGAGGCCGAUCCUCGCAGUGUCCAGGUCGUUACUGUCACCGGCAAGUCCAAGGCUGCCAUGAUCCGCAACGCCGAGAGACUUGUUGGCUGGAUGGAACAGAAUCCCGAGACUCCUCUUGCUCACGUGGCCUAUACCACCACUGCCCGUCGCAUCCAGCACUACUGGCGCAUGAACGUUGCUGCUUCAGACCUCCCUGAGGCCCAGCGUCUGCUCAAGGACAGACUCAAGGAGAACUUCACUCCUAUCUCUACCCAGCAGCCCAAGGUUGCCUUCAUGUUCACGGGACAGGGCUCUCAUUAUGCUGGUCUGGGCAAGGACCUGUACGCCCAUUACCACGUCUUCCGCGAUAGUAUCGACGAGUUCAACCAGCUCGCUCAGAUUCACGGCUUCCCCAGCUUCCUGUCCUUGAUCGACGGUAGCGAGCCCGACGUUACCAAGCUGUCCCCAGUUGUCGUACAGCUUGGCCUCUGCUGCUUCGAGAUGGCUCUCACCCGUCUCUGGGCUUCCUGGGGCAUUCUGCCCAGCGCUGUCAUGGGUCAUUCCCUUGGCGAGUAUGCUGCUCUCAACGCCGCCGGUGUCCUGUCUGCCAGCGACACCAUCUACCUUGUUGGAGCUCGCGCCCAGCUCUUGGUCCAGAAGUGCACCGCCGGCACUCACGCCAUGCUUGCUGUCACAGGCCCUGUGGAGGCUGUCAUGGAGGCUCUUGGCGCCCAGGCUGAUGCCGUCAACGUUGCUUGCAUCAACGGUCCCCGCGAGACCGUCCUCAGCGGUGCCGCCGCCAAGAUCUCCGAGAUCUCUUCGCACCUUGGAACUGCUGGCUUCAAGUGCACUCAGCUCAAGGUGCCCUUCGCCUUCCACUCUGCCCAGGUUGAUCCUAUCUUGGAUGACUUCGAGACUCUUGCUCGCUCCGUCAGCUUCGACAUGCCGCGCGUGCCCAUUAUCUCGCCUCUCCUUGGCAAGAUGGUAGAGCAUGAGCCAGUCAACGCUGCUUACCUCCGCAACCACGCUCGUGACGCCGUCAACUUCCUUGGCGGUCUUGUCCACGCCCAGCAGUCCGGCGCUGUUGAUGAGAAGACCGUUUGGCUUGAGGUCGGCCCUCACCCCGUCCUUGCCAACUUUGUCAAGUCUUCCUUCGGCAUCAGCACCAUCGCUGUGCCCACCCUCCGUCGCAACGAGUCUUCCUACAAGAUUCUUAGCAACACUCUGUGUGCUCUUCACACUGCUGGUAUCAACUUGGACUGGGAUGAGUUCCACCGCGACUUCACCAACUGCACUCGCCUUCUGGACCUUCCCACCUACUCCUUCGACGAGAAGAACUACUGGCUUCAGUACACUGGUGACUGGUGUCUUACCAAGAACCGUGGUCCUUCCGCUGUCAAGGCUCCCCUCCAAAUUGAGCCUGCCAGGCCCAAGCUGUCGACCACCUCUAUCCACGCUGUCACCAACGAGGACGUCAAGGGCGAUAUUGCUCUCAUCGAGACCGAGACCAACCUGUCGAGGCCCGACACCCGCCCUCUCGUUGAGGGUCACUUGUGCAACGGCGCACCCUUGUGCCCUUCUACCCUCUACGCCGAUAUGGCUAUGACUGUUGCAGACUACGCUUACAAGAUGCUUCGUCCCGACACCGAGAACAUUGGAUUGAACGUUGCCAACGUCGAGGUGCCCAAGACCCUCAUCUUCAACGAGAAGCUUGAUGCUCACAUCUUGCGCACCACUGUUACUGCCAACGCAACGCUCGGCUAUGCCGAUGUCAGCUUCCACACUGGAGAGGGUGCCAAGAAGACCGAGCACGCCACUUGUAAGGUCGUCUACGGCAGCACUGAGCAGUGGGCCGACGAGUUCGAGCGUGUCAGCUACCUCAUCAAGGGUCGCAUCGAUGCUCUUGAGGAGGCCGAGAGGCAAGGCAAGGCUUCCAAGAUUGGCCGUGGCCUGACUUACAAGCUUUUCACUGCCCUGGUUGACUACGAUACCAAGUACCAGGGUAUGGAAGAGGUCAUUCUUGACAGCAAGACUUGUGAAGCCACUGCCAAGGUCAGCUUCCAGACUACCGACAGAGAUGGAAACUUCUUCUUCAACCCCUACUGGAUUGACAGUUGUUGCCACAUUUCUGGCUUCAUCAUCAACGGUACUGAUGCCAUUGACUCCCGCGAGCAAGUUUUCAUCUCCCACGGAUGGGGCUCUAUGAGAUUCACUGAGAAGCUCGACGCUACCAAGACUUACCGCUCCUACGUCCGCAUGCAGCCUGUCAAGGGUACCAAGAUGAUGGCUGGUGAUGCGUACGUCUUUGACGGCGACCGCAUCAUUGGUGUUGCUGGCGAUGUUAAGUUCCAGUCCAUCCCUCGCAAGGUCCUUAACAUGGUUCUUCCUCCUCGUGGUCGUGCUGCGGCUGGUACUGCACCUGCUGCUGCGGCCCCGGCACCCAAGGCUGCUGCCCCUGCUAAGGCUGCUCCCGCCAAGGAGAAGAGCGGCAAGGAGAAGGCUUCCAAGCAGGUCACUGCUAGCAACCUCAAGGCCGUCAACGCCAAGCUCUCCAAGCGCUCCGUCGUCCAAGAUGUGUUUGACAUCCUGGCGAAGGAAGUCGGUGUUACCCAAGAUGAACUUGCUGACAACAUCGCCUUCACUGAUCUUGGCUGUGACUCACUGAUGGCUUUGACCGUCUCCGGCAGAAUGCGCGAGGAGCUUGAUAUCGACAUUGACUCUCACGCUUUCGUCGAGUAUCCCACCAUCGGAGCAUUCAAGGUCUUCCUUGGUCAGUUCGAGAGCCCGGACCGAAAGGACAGUUACGUCCAGGACUCUGGUGACUCUAGCGGCUCUGUCUCCGAGACUCCCGAGCUUGAGUCUGAUUCCAACGUCACUACUCCCUACGAGGAGAGCGACCGAUCAGUCAAGGGCGAUGCUGAGGAGGAGGACUGUGAUGAUCUUCAGAACAUCCUUCGCGAAACUAUUGCCACCGAGAUGGGUGUCGAGGUUGAGGAGAUUAUCGCCGCUCCUGACUUGGCUGCUCUGGGCAUGGAUUCUCUGAUGAGUUUGUCAAUCCUCGGCACUCUCCGUGAGAAGUCUGGCCAGGACAUCCCCAACGAUCUCUUCGUCACAAACCCCUCUCUCUUGGAGGUUGAGAAGGCUCUUGGCAUUGGCCCAAAGCCGAAGGCCGCCGCCGCACCCAAGCCUGCAAAGCCCGCUCCUGUCUCUCGGCGGGAGAAGGUGGAGCCUACCAGAGAGAUUAACACUCACCCUGGUAACACCACCGCCUCCAUCACCAAGCCCCCUCCACCAAGAGAGAUCAUCGACAACUACCCUCACCGCAAGGCGACUUCCAUCCUUCUUCAAGGUAGCACCCGCACUGCCACCAAGAACCUUUGGAUGGUUCCCGACGGCAGUGGUUGCGCGACUUCCUAUACUGAGAUCAGCCAGGUCUCCAGCCAGUGGGCCGUCUGGGGUCUCUUCUCCCCUUUCAUGAAGACCCCUGAGGAAUACAAGUGCGGUGUCUACGGCAUGGCCUCCAAGUUCAUCGAAGCCAUGAAAGCAAGACAACCGAAAGGUCCCUACUCCUUGGCCGGCUGGUCUGCGGGCGGUGUCAUCGCCUACGAGAUUGUCAACCAGCUCACCAAGGCCGGCGAGAGUGUCGAGAACCUCAUCAUUAUCGAUGCUCCCUGCCCCAUCACCAUUGAGCCUCUCCCCAAGAGUCUCCACGCCUGGUUCGCCUCCAUCGGCCUGCUCGGCGAGGGUGACGACGACAACAAAAAGAUUCCCUCAUGGCUCCUUCCUCAUUUCGCCGCCAGUGUUACCGCCCUCAGCAACUACACUGCGGAGCCCAUCCCCAAGGACAAGUGCCCCAACGUCAUGGCCAUCUGGUGCGAGGACGGUGUCUGCCACUUGCCAUCCGACCCCCGCCCUGACCCCUACCCCACGGGUCACGCACUCUUCCUUCUGGACAACAGAACCGACUUUGGUGCCAACCGUUGGGAUGAGUACCUGGACAUCAACAAGUUCAGGACCAGGCACAUGCCUGGCAACCACUUCUCCAUGAUGCAUGGCGAUUAUGCCAAACAACUUGGACAGUUCAUUCGUGAAGCGGUUUGCGAGUAAGGAACUACAUAGCGAGCAUGAGCAUACGCGCAUUGCAGGGUAUAGAAGGGACACAGGACAUUACAUGACGACGCGAGCAUGAUAUGAGACUGACUUUGUUUUUCCUUUUACUACAUUGUCCAUUUUCUUCUUGUCAUCAUUUUCUUUUUUCUGUCUUAACAUUUGAUAUCCGCUCCCUGUACAAGUGCGACCGGCAUACAUCUACGAAUCAUUCCUUAUUUACGUCGAUGGGAAGGGACAACUGGGAGGUUGGGAAAUGGAAGAAGGGGAGGGAGGAUACUUACACUACGAGGGGCGUAACUGUCUCAUAAUGCUCGGCUUUUUCCUUGUCUGUCACGAUCUUCUUUCUUGUCUUUCCUUACAACCACAACAUGGCUUUCGGUGUUUAGUGUUUUUUUAUCGAUUUUUCGAACGGUCCAUAGAUUGGUACGCCACAGCCGUACUCACCCACAAGAUAGCAG